AUGGACCAAUUAAAAUCGAUAAAUUCAAAUAGUAUUACUUUUGGAGAGCAGGGGUUAAAGAAUAAUAAUAGCAAUCAUAAUAACGAUAAUAAUGAUAAUAAUGAUAGUAAUAUUAAUAAUAAUAGCAAUAAUGAUAUAUUAAAUAAUAGUAAUAAUAGUGUAACAAGUAGUAUAGGAAAUAAUUUAUUACUAAAUACGAGUUUAAAUAAUGCAGAGGAUUUAUUUUCGAGUCAAAAUUCAAAUAAUACAAAUUAUUUUGAUAUACCGAGUUUUUUAAAUAGUAAUAGUAUAAAUAAUAGUAAUGGAAGUAUCAAUAAUAGUAUUCUAAAUACAAGUGUAAAUAUAAGUUUAAAUAAUAGUAAUAUAAUACCAAAUUUUAGCCCAACAUCAUUAUUACAACCCAAUACACCCAUUACACCCAUUACACCUACAACGCCUUUAUCCUCUCAAAUACAAUUACAACAAACCCCACCUAAUAACGAUGCUAUAAUACUGCAGAAUAAUUUAAAAGAACAAUUACAAAAUGAGGUUUUAAUAAUGAACCAAAAUAAUGACUAUAAUAAUCGAGAUAUUAAUAAUGUUAAUAAUACUGUAAAUAUAAACCAACCAAUAGAAAAACAAAUAGAGUUAAUAGAAACUGAAAAAGAGAAUCAAGGACAAGGAGAACCAAGUAAUAUUUUUACUGAAAUUGAGCAAAUUAUUAAAACUAAAGAUGUGGUUUCAAAAAGAACAAGAGCACAAAUUUCAUUAGAGGGUUUGGAUUUUGAACAGCUAGAUAGUUAUUUUGAUGCACAUGUCUUGCCGCCUUUGGAGGAUAGUAAUAUUAUAAAUUAUAGCUAUGGUAAUAAUCAAUUUGGUUUUUUAGAUACUGCAAUUUAUAAUGAAGAUUACAAAUUAUUUAUUACAAAUCUUCAAUCUGGUGUAUCUCAAAAUAUUAAUAACAUGACAGAGGAGGACGAUGAAGAUUACAUACCUCCUGAAGAGGAAGAAGAAGAGGAAGAGGAUUCUACAGAAGAUGAUCAUAACAAUGGAGAAGAGGAAGAGUCUGGUGAAGAACAAAAUAAUAAUGUUGCAAAUGAAAUGGAAGCUUUAGUAUCAGAUUUUUUAGAGAAUGAAGCUAAAGAAAUGAGUAGACAAAAUGGGUUUUAUAAAAUGUUGGAUUUACAAUUGCAUUACGACAAUUUAACAGCAUUACCAACACCAACCAACACUAUAGUAACACCAAUAAUUGAAUCACCACCAAUCGAAACAAUUAAUUUUCAAGAUUUAGUGAUAGUCUAUCCAGAUAUUCAAUUGAUUCCACCAAUACCAGAUUUCGACCCAAAUUUUGUAUAUUCAGAGCCAACCUUAAACAAUGGUGAUGAUUUGGAAAAUUUAGAUAGGGAAGAAGAGACCCAAGUUAAUACAGAUACACUACAGUUUAAUAGUUUAUUACCCACAAUUUCAACAGUAUCAUCUUUAAAACCACCUCUGGUUCCAAGGGUAAAUGCGAAAGAAAUAAAAAAGGUUGAAAAUGAAAAGAAAAAGAAGAAAGAUGAAAACAAAAGAAAGAGAAAUAAAGACCAAGAUGAUGGCAAUAGUGAGGAAGAUAAAGAAGAAAAUCAGGAAGAAAAUUCAGAGAACAAUGAAGUUGUGCAUAAGAAAAAGAGAAAGGCCGAAGGAGAGUUAUCAAUUACACCAGCCAUAGUGCAACCACAAACACAACCAAUACAGCAGCAGCAACUACAGACACAACCAAUUAUAUUAAAUAAGGAUCAAAUUCAAGAAGUCAAAUUACAAAUAUCACAACAUUACCAACUUUUAAUUCAAGUUUAUUUAUUACUAAGAGUACAGACAAAUCCAAAAAAUUUCAGAAAGCCAAAGAAAUCAGAAUCAGAUGGAGAGGAUAAACAAAAUAAGAAAAAGUAUAAAACAAAGAAUUCUGACCAAGUUGAUUUUGAUGAACAUGAUGAAUACUAUUCAAAGUAUAAGAAUGUAGUUAGGCAAAUGCCUUCAAAUUUGGAGCAACAUGGGAAAAUAAUGGAGUCUGUUAAAAAGAUGUUGGAUGAAUUGUAUAAUUAUCAUCAAAAGCAUUUGGAGAACCAAGUUUAUCGUAAUAUUAUAUUUCAACAUAUGGAGUCACCAUCAAAAGUAUUUACUCGUUCAGUUAAAAAGGCCCUCGUACCACAAAUACCAUCAGAGAUGUUUGAUUCAGAGUCGAUAAAGCUGUAUCCAUAUUUGAAUGAUCUUCUUGAAGAAGACCCAGAACCAACAUUUAAAACAAUGGAGAUUAUUUUAUCAGUUUUUACAGAUCACUUUUCACCAUCAAUUCUCUAUGAAUAUGUCAAAAUCAAUCAAACCAAAUUCACACCAGGAGAAGACUUAUUAUUGCUUAUGGGUGUCAAAAGAUAUGGAACAUUUCAUUGGAAACAAAUUUCAAAGUCUUAUUUUCCCAAUAAAACAGAUGAUCAAUUAUUCCAUCGAUAUAAGAAUUUAUCAGCAACCAAUAGUUCCUCAAAUCAGUUAAAAGAGUAUUUAAAUAAAAAUAAACUAAAUAAAGAAGAGGAGGAAAUAUUCGAAAUGGGUCUUAUUAAAUAUGGAGAAAACAGUUGGGAUAUUAUUUCAAAAGAAUUGUUGCCAUCAAAAGAACCUCAUACUUUAAAGAAAUUUUAUGAAAAAAAAGAAAAAUCAAAGAAGAAACGUAUAAUUAAAGAAAAUAGGGCCAAAAGAAGAGAGAUUAGAAUUAAAGUUCGAGAAGAAAAAGAACAAAGGAGAAGGCUUAUCGAAAUGGAAUUGGAACAAGAUUAUGAAUUAAAAAGGCAACAAGAGGAAAAAGAAAAACAUGAGUUACAAAAAAAAGGGUUUUUAGAUUUAGAUAAUAGUAAUAGUGAAAGUGAUAAUAACAGUGAUGGUUAUAGCGAUAGUGAAGAGGAUGAUAGCAAUAAUGGAAAUAGUGAUAAAGAGGCUAUAGAAAUUAGUGAUAACGAAAAUAAAAUGAAAAUAGAUAAUAAUUCAGCCACAACAACAGAAGAAACAACAUCAGUAGAAUCUAAUUCACCUCAACAAAGUAUUAAUAAUAAUAAUAAUAAUAUAAUUAAUCAAUCUAAAGAAAAAUCAGAUAAUUUGGAUUUGGUUAAUGGUGUUUUAAUUAAAUGGACCAAAGAGGAAGAUAGAUCCAUUUUAUUAACCAUUAAAGAAAAAGGAAGUACUGAUGAAAGUAUAUGGAAAUAUAUAUCAGAGAAUAAGAUUUUAGAAAAGACACCAGAGCAAAUUAUGAAUAGGUAUAACCAUCUUUUAGGAUUGAUCAAGAAAUCACAGGCCCUUGCUAAAAAAUGA